GUGGUAGUAUAACAAAAUCAACCCCCCCUAAAGGUGGCCUACCCCCCCUCCACCUAAAGGUGGCCCAGGACUUAUUCUAAAGUUCAAUCCAGGCAUGAGACUGGUUUCGACAGGUGCCACAAUAACCUGUUCAAUGGUCAUUACGUCAUCAUAAACAAUGGUUGCUCUAUACUGGUGGACAAGAUUUCACAGCAGACUUUUAACCGCAUCCUUGUUUUCUGUGAUUAUAUAUUUGUCAGUGACAAAGCAAAUUUUCAACAAUCAAGACACAAUGAGCUCUGUGAGAGGAGAUAAGCAAACAUGUCAACCUAAGAAGAACGUCGCAUUUUUGAAAACUCACAAAACAGGAAGCAGUACCGUCACCAACAUUUUGAACAGAUAUUGUGACACUAAUGAGCUUGCAAUGGCUUUGCCUCGCGAUGGAAUGUUCAACUUUUUCUGGCCAUUACCAUUUGAAGGGAAUUUUGUGGAUAAAAGAACUGUCAACAUGCUGACUAAUCACGCGCGAUACAGUGACGUCAUGUCUACGUAYAUGCCACGUGACACCAAGUUUAUAACUAUUUUGAGAAAUCCUGUUACUCAAUUCGAGUCCUUGUUUUCAUACAUGAGUUUCUCAAGUGUUUUAGGGUUGACCUAUCACCAAAGUCCUAUUAACGCAUUUUUGGAAAACCCAUGGAUGCACUUGGCAAAUCUAACUUCUUCAUAUCCAGAUAUUGCAACGCAACACCCCUAUAUCAAUUUACUCAAAAGUGGUCAGUUUUUCGAUCUUGGUCUUGAUGAAGAUGAUUUUAGUCACAUCCAAAAAGCGAUUUAUAGAUUAGAAAAAAAAWUCAAUKUAGUUCUGAUUAUGGAAYAUUUUGACGAAUCAAUGAUAUUGCUAGCCAGAGAACUGUGCUGGACGAUCAAAGAUGUUUUGUAUUUCAAACAAAACCAACGCCGUUUAGUCGACAAAAUCAAAUUUUCAAAAUUGUCAAAAAAAGCUGAGUUAAAUUUGCGUGAAUGGAAUAAAGCCGACUUUAAGCUGUACAACUAUUUCAAUGAAACAUUUUGGAGUAAGAUUCAACAACAGGAUKCUACAUUCUGGAAAGAAGUAAGGCAACUGAGGGAGUACAAUAAAGCCAUUAAUAAUGCAUGUCUUGUUCCGGGAGAACACGAAGGAAGAGUUUACGAGAAUCAAUCCAAAAGGRUUAAAGGCUUCAAAAUAAAACCAGACCUAUUAGACUAUAAACUCAGAGACGAAUGCAAGCGAAUGGCGACCAGUGAAAUUAACUAUAUCGAGUACUUUAGGCGAAAGAAUAGAAUUAAAAGACAUUGAUUCGAAGCURAUAAUGACUUCGUGAAUUGAGUCAAAAACUUCCUUUUCACAUUCUUUUUUUAUAUUAUUCAGUUUUCUUUAUGUUUCAUUCUUCUUUGUGAUAUGUCCUUCUAUUGUCAUUUUGGGUACCCUGUGCUAUAUCCUACGGUCACACAGACUGCCCAUCCUCUAAUAGUAGUCUU